AGCAACUAUGGACUUGUUGGAAACUCUUCCUGAUGAUAUCGAGAAAGGAGGUGACAAUCUCGCAGCUACCAGUGCAUUCCAGCAGAAGGCUGUAGAGGUCAGAGGACAGAGGAUCAACUGGCAGUCAUACCUACAGUCUCAGAUGAUUUCUGAAGAAGAUUAUUCCUUUAUAUCUAGAUAUGAUAUUGCAGAUUCGGCCACCAGGGAAAAGAUAGUGGAAGAGAACCCUUUACAAUCCGCAAGAACUUUUUACAGUCUCAUAGGUCACAUAUCGAAAGACCAGACUAUCCAAUAUUUGCUGACUCUCAUUGAUGACUUCUUGCAGGAGAAAAAGAACAGGGUUGCUAUCUUCAGAGAAUAUGCAAGAAAGCGAAAGGAAUCUGUGUGGGCCCAGUUUCUAAACCUUUUAAACAGACCUGAUGGGUUUAUCCAGAAUAUGACAGCUCGUGUGAUUGCUAAGAUGGCAUGCUGGUCUGUUGAACCAAUGCAGGGUCAGGAUCUGCAACAUUAUCUACUCUGGCUUAAGGACCAGCUCAAAGUACAGAAGAACACCUACGUCCAGUCAGUUGCCCGCUGUCUACAGAUGAUGCUUAGGAUUGACGAUUACCGCCGUGCGUUCGCCAGCGUCGAUGGUAUCGCCGCCAUCGUCAGUGUUCUCUCCGGGAAGGUCAACUUCCAGGUAAGGGAAUUAUUGAUUUAUGUUCUCAGUUUAAUUAUAUUCAAUAAAAAUAUUUUGUAUUAUGUUAGACUGAACAAAUUUGGAGUUAUCCCUAUUCUUGCAGAUAUUUUGAGCGAUGCACAAAAAGAGAAGGUGAGCAGAAUAAUUUUGGGGGUUUUCCGAAACCUCAUAGAGAAACCAGAGGAGCAGUCCGUCAAGAAGGAAAAUUGCAUCUCCAUGUAUCAAUGUAAGGUGAUGAAGCAACUUGAGUUACUUGAACAGAGGAAGUUUGAGGACGAGGAUAUUCAGGAGGACAUUCAUUAUCUCAUGGAGAGGAUGGAGGCCAGUGUUCAAGACCUCUCCAGCUAUGAUGAAUAUGUCACUGAGGUCAAGUCAGGACGACUGGAGUGGUCACCUGUACACAGAUCCGAGAAGUUCUGGAGAGAGAAUGCUAGUAAUCUGAACGACAAGAAUUAUGAAUUAUUAAAGAUUCUUCUCUCUCUUCUUGAAACAGCAAGAGAUCCCUUAGUUCUCUGUGUUGCUUGCUUCGAUCUAGGAGAAUAUGUACGACACUAUGCCCGUGGAAAGCAUGUACUUGAACAGCUAGGAGGGAAAACUCUUGUAAUGGCUCUACUAUCACACGAGGAUCCUAAUGUCAGGUAUGAGGCACUGUUGGCAGUACAGAAGCUGAUGGUACAUAACUGGGAGUAUUUGGGAAAACAGCUUGAAAAACCCGCCACAGAACAGGGUGGCAGCGGUAUUCCCGUGGCAUGAAUGGAUUCGGAUCUCAAGAUUUUCAACAUUUGAAGAAGAAAACAUCGAUCAUCGCGCGACGGGGAAAAAUUUUAAAUCGUCAGUUUCAGACAUUGUUUAAGCUUGGCGUGAGUCUAUGUCUAAGUGUGAAAAUUUUGGAUAAUUUCCGUCUUAUUUUAGAUUCCUGAAAGUUAAACAUUUUUUCCUCAAUCUUAAAUUUUUCCAUAUUUUUAUAUUCUUGAUUUUGCCAUCUCCAGUGAUUUGUUGUAUUUGUCUCAUUUUAGAAUAUUACCAGCACGACAGGCUAUCUAUCGCAUUUAAAAUAUACAUUAGUUUAUUUUAUUUAUUCCGUCAGAUUGAUAAUCUGAUGCAUGUUCUGUUAACUGAGUUAGUAACUUUUAAAUAGAGGUUUAACCGAUGCGUUGCGUACUUUGUCCUCUGUAAAGGCAUUAGUCAGUGCACUGUGUUCAAAACUUCAAGAAGUUUAUUGAUUUAUUAUAUUUGUGCUUUUCAUUAUGAAAAAAUGUUUUCUUCCACACAACCCUGUUUUCAUAUUUAGUAUUUGAUGUUCAAAAAUCAUGUUUCUAUGUUUUUUGUGCCUGGGAAGUAAUAUACAAACUAUAGGGGAGAAUUCAUCUGGUAAAUGUUGUUCAUUUUUAGAUUUUUUAAUAAAAAAUGUGUUGAA